CGGGCCUGGCGGGCCGGCGCCCUCCUGGCACCCCCGCGCCCCCCCGCCGGCCCGCGGCACCAUGAGCGGCCGAGUCGGGGACCUGAGCCCCCCGCAGCAGGAGGCGCUGGCCACGUUCCGGGACAAACUCCAGGACCUGCUGCCCACCCUGCCCAAUGCCGACGAGUACUUCCUCCUACGCUGGCUCCGAGCUCGGAACUUUGACCUGCAGAAAUCUGAGGAUAUGCUCCGGAAGCACAUGGAGUUCCGGAAGCAACAGGACCUAGACAACAUCCUCACAUGGCAGCCCUCGGAGGUGAUCCAGCUGUACGACUCUGGUGGUCUGACCGGCUAUGACUAUGAAGGUUGCCCCGUGUGGUUUGACAUCAUUGGGACCCUUGACCCCAAGGGUCUUCUCCUGUCAGCCUCCAAGCAGGAACUGAUCCGGAAGCGCAUCAGGGUCUGUGAGCUGCUUUUGAGGGAGUGUGAGCUGCAGAGUCAGAAGCUGGGCAAGAAGAUUGAGACGGUGCUGAUGGUGUUUGACAUGGAGGGGCUCAGCCUGAAACACCUGUGGAAGCCAGCUGUAGAGAUCUACCAGCAGGUGAGAAUGUGUUGGAGCAGGAUCUUGACCAGAUUCAUCUUGCCACAGUUUUUUGCCAUCCUGGAAGCAAAUUAUCCUGAGACGCUGAAGAAUUUAAUUGUCAUUCGAGCCCCCAAGCUGUUCCCUGUGGCCUUCAACUUGGUCAAGUUUUUCAUGAGUGAGGAAACACAAAGGAAGAUAGUGAUUCUGGGAGGCAACUGGAAGCAGGAGCUGCUAAGGUUCAUCAGCCCUGAGCAGCUGCCCGUGGAGUUUGGGGGGACCAUGACUGACCCUGAUGGCAACCCUAAGUGCCUGACCAAGAUCAAAUACGGGGGCAUUGUGCCCAAGAGCUACUACCUGCGCAACCAGGUGAAGACACACUAUGAGCACACGGUGACGGUGGCCCGAGGCUCGUUCGUGCAGGUGGAGAACGAAAUCCUGUUCCCGGGCUGCGUGCUCAGGUGGCAGUUCGCGUCAGAUGGGGCAGAUAUCGGCUUCGGGGUUUUCCUGAAGACCAAGACAAGCGAGCGGGAGUGGGCAGGGGAGAUGGUGGAGGUGCUGCCCAUCCAGCGCUACAAAGCUCACGUGGUACCUGAGGACGGGAGCCUCACCUGCCUCAACAUCGGCGUCUAUGUCCUGCGUUUUGACAACACCUACAGCCUGAUGCACACCAAGAAGGUCAGCUACACUGUGGACGUGCUGCUCCCAGACAAGGCCUCUGAGGAGAAGAUUCAAGGUCUCGAGGCAGGGAGACCACCCCCAGCGCAGUGAAGACCCUGGCUGCCUCCGUGCCUGUGCUCUUCAACCCCUCAGCACCCCCUCCCUGUCCCCUGCCCCCCUAGGUGGGGUGGUGUUUGGAGGAGCCACCCCCUACCCCCACCCCCACCUCCCCAUCUCACCUGCUUGUGGCCCACCUGGCACAGUGGCAGAGCAGGAAGGGGUCAUACAGGCCAUAGGCCACACUCAGGAUUCACACAGGAGAUCCAAUCCCCCAUUCACAGAGACUGAGUUUGAGGACAUUGGAGAUGAACCAGGGGCCGCCAAGAAAGUGUCCUGCUCUAGGAGCUGCCCUUCUGUCACUCCUGACAAGGCCUACCAGUGCCAGGACUCACUCAUAGCUAGUGAUCUUGCUUGGAGCCGUGUGCAUGAACCCCAGGCCAUGCAGGGAGCAGAGCAUCAAGUCUGAAGAGCAGGGAAGCCCCUCUCUCUGCAGUUGGGGCUCAGCAGGGAUGGACAGGGCCAGCUGGAGGUGGGCAGGUGGAGGGAUGGGGCCAGCUGGGUGGUGGAGCUUGUAGUUUUGGUUCUGGGAGGGUACCAAGGCUCUUUGGAGUUGUCCUCUUGCCUUUGGAAGGAAGAUGAGAAAUGGAGCAUGAGGCCCAGCAGGGCUGGCCAUCGGGAGGAAAAGCCACGCUCAGUCACACAGAGCUAAAUGGGUGAAGACUGAAUCUCUCAGAAUUCUCAGUGACCCCGGCCUUCCCCUCCCCACCUGCUGUGAUCCAGCUGACAUUCAGCUUAGGUUCCUUCUGGCUAAGGACCAUGACUAUAGCAGAGCUGGAGUGAAGUGGAACCUGCUGGAAUAAAGUAGAAUGUGCUGGGGUGGAGCUGCCAUCCCAGGGGCUUAUCAGAGACUCUGAUUUACUUCUUGGAGAAUUGUCAAGUUUUUCUUCUGUCUGCCAACUCCCCACCACCCCACCCCAAAUGAAGCUCAGUAGCUGGCCAGUGAUGGCUCCUGUUUCCCAAAGGCUGGCUCUCCUGGUGCUCACAGCCCACAGUCAGGACCGCCGUCUCCUCUGCUGGAUGAACUGCACCCAACAGAGCAGACCUGACCCAGAAUGAGUCAGUGAAGCUGCUGAGUGGUCAGAUGUCCCCUGUUAAAAGGGGUCCUUGGUGCAAAGCAUUAGCAUCCUGGCUGCAAAGACCCCUCCCAGAGGCUAGAAGCCUCAGCAAACAUCAACACUCCAGGGCUUUGCAAACAAUAAGCCGGCUUGGACUCCUUUCUUGCUCUCAGAUUCUGUGAUUUCAUUUUUUCCAUUUAAUAGAUUUCCUGAUUUCCCAGGGCCUGUUCUUCCCAGGCAAGAAAAUGAGGAGGCUUGGGAAGGUGGAGGUCUUCAGGUGAGCUACGUGAAGUCCCUGGGGCCCCAGGCCUUCCACCUGUGGCAGCUGCAUCACCCAUGGUUCAGCACACAGUCUGAACAGGGGCUCUGCUGCUAUAGAAAGCAAACUAACUAAAGGAAACAAUUGAAGUCAGUGCACUGAGGCAUUGCUGGCCCAACAGUGUUGGAGGGGUUUGGCAAGAAAAAACCCUGCCAUGUCCAUGCCAAGUAGACAGCCCAGGGCUGUCAGGGGAAAAGCACAAGAUGUUCUUGUGUCCAAGGGCAGCUCCUGCAUCCCUGCUGCAACAGGCUUUCCCACCACCCCCACUGCACCGGGGGCCACCCUCUGUGCAGCCUCUCCAGGUGCAGAGGCACUAGGGAGGUCCAGAGCCACCCACCUUCCCUGUAGGCUAUAGAGGGCAUGGCCGGCUGGUGUAUAAGGGCCCCACAUCAGGUUUCUCUGGGUCCACCUGUUGUCCUGAUGGGUGAGGAGGAGGAGCUCACAAGGCUUCACUUCGGCCUCACAUCCCCGGCCUAAAAACAAAGGAUUUGUAAACAAGGGUUCAUGGAUUUCAACCCGGAUUCUUGCCUUUCCAACCACCCACAGCCAAUUUCCCACCAUCAGCACAGCCUCAUCUGGGUUUCUGGCAAACAGCAGAUUGGUCGCACCAUGCACAAGGGUUUAAUUUGCACAAAUAUGGACUGCCCGGGGAGUGGCAGGUAAAGGACUGAGGGAUCCGGCAGGGGCACCAGUGACUCUGAAUCCCAGAGCCAGCAGAAUGCACCGCAUGUGAAGCAGUGAGUGCAGUGGCACCCUCAGAAGUGAGGGAAGGAUCUCCUGUCUGGCAAGGUGGACAAGGGACAUGUCCUCAGCAACUCCAUCCCUGACUCAACACCAUCACUUCUUUACAAAAAAAAAAAAAAAAAGGAAGUAGCCCAGAGAGGGGCUGGUUCACCUGAAGUUUGUUUCUUCCUUCAUCAUCAAUAUUUAUUGAGUGCCGGGCACCAGGCCCUGGAAGCCCUGGGGAUGCUGGGGGUGCUGGGCUCCCCAAGUCCACUAGCAGGAAGCUUGCCUGUACUGAGGGAGGCUGAAGUGAUUCUGAUGGCCAUUAUCAAGUGGGUGGGUCAGUGGGGCAGGAGCCAAAUUCUGGGGGAGAAUUCAGCAAAAACCCCCACAAAACCCCAAACCCAGCCUGAUGGGGGAUCAGAUGUGCUUUGCCCAAGGCAGGGAUCCCUGAGGGAAGAGCUGAAGGCAUGGGCAAGGCUUCCAGACUGAAAAAUGGAGUGAGGGCAGCUGUGAGUGUCUGAAGCCAGAGGAAAGCCAGAAGGGCCCUUAGGUGAUGCUGGUAAUGGGUCACUAAUGUUUGCUAUUUCUUUGCGAACGACUGUGUACACAUUAGGUAGUUGUCAAUAAAACCAUUUCAUAACA